AACUCCUGGAAAACUUCUCCACAGUCCACCCUUGCGUUGAAUCCAAAAAUUUGGCGUUUUGGAGAAAUUUUUCACUUCUACCCCUCCGAAAUCUUGCGGGGAGGUAUUAAUAUUACUCAGCGCCUAAUUAAAUCUCAAUACAAGCUACGAUUUGGCAGUGGAGAACUAGGGUUUACUCCUGCACUUGACAUUUGGAGGAUCAAUCACUCCUCAACUCCUUGGGCGACAAUGAAGAACUUUAGCAGAGGGGUCCUCAUGUUCUCCAAGAUUUAUGGCUCUGGCUGUCUGGUAAAACCCCGACCAUUUCAAAAUGGGGCUUCUAAUAUACAAGCAGUAGGUAAUCAACGGCAUAAAAGCAGUCUAGUAGGAACCUCAGAUACUACCCCAGCCACGCGUUAUCCGAAAUCGUUCUGUGAGUGGCUAGCAGGAGUUAUUGAUGGUGAUGGAACUCUGAAUGUGAAUAAGAAAGGCCGUACUUCUCUUGAAAUUACUAUGGGACUCGAAGAUAUAGCACUACUACGAUAUGUCCAACAUAUGCUUGGAGGAAGUAUUAAAAUACGGUCUGGUGCUAAAUCUUAUCGGUAUCGACUGAUUGAUCAUCUUGGUAUGAUUAAACUAAUGGAUUGUAUUAACGGUAAUAUUCAAAAAUCUGCCCGACUAACUCAGCUGCACCGAGUCUGUCAAGUAAAUGAUACCCCUGUAAUUGUGCCUCUCAGACUCAAUGCUCAAUCAAAUUGGUUUGGAGGAUUCUUUGAUGCUAAUGGUAGCAUUGAUAUCACUGUGAAGAAUGAAUCACCCCAACUACAUAUUCGAGUAACUAGUAAACUGCUUCAAGAUGUGGAGCCUUACAAGGUUGUGUUUGGUGGAAAUGUAUACUUUGAUAGUGGACGAAAUGGUUUCUAUGAGUGGUCCGUGGAUACUCGUGAAGACAUUUCCAAAUUUACUGGUUACUUCAAAACAAGUACUUUCAGAAGUCAUAAAUCAAGACGCUUCUUUCUCAUCGACGAAUAUUAUCAUCUAUAUGAUCUCAAAGCUUUUGAACCUUCCAGUAUGAACCAUAAAGCGUGGCUAGCUUUUCUCAAGAAAUGGAACAACUUGUAAGUAUAAUGCCCCUUUCUUCAACUCAUCUAUUUAUAUUGCUUGAAAUCCUUGAGGAAAUAAUUUAAUGGCGCGCUGCAUAGGUUAGUUGAUACAAAUGAAUUAAAAAAGCUGAUUGUUAAUAUAGGCCUCUCUAUAAACUAUAGUCAUUUUCAUUUUAAUGGAAAAUUGCUGUUUUGGUGAGUCUAGAUGGCUUGAAUUUGACAUUAGAGGUGGUGUUGGUUUGGGGUUUGAAUGACCGGGAUUGUUCUUCUAACCAAGCCUGUUUUAUUAGUAGUUGGUCAGACCUCUGGUCUUAGCUUGUUGAAUUG